UGUUAGACUUUUCCAGAAGCCUGGGAGCUGGUGCUAUAUCUGGCUCUGCAGCUGCCCUGGAGGGCCACUCAUAUGUCAAACCUGCAGGAGAAGCAGCUGAACAACACCAGUUUUACACUAUUAACACAGCUUAAGAAUGACUGAGACUAACAGAACUGUCCAACAGACCACAGGUAAAUCCACGGGCUUUCGCUCUCAGAAAGAGAUGUUUGAGAAGUUAGAGGAAUCUUUUAAAAUCUGCGCCUUCUGUGAGAAGCGACCUGAGCAACUUUCAAAGUCACAGAGCUUGAAGCGCUGUGCCAGAUGUCUAAAUGUUUACUACUGCUGUAAAGACUGCCAGAAGGAGGACUGGUCCAAACACAAGAAGUUCUGCUCUCAACUGCAUUUAGCUGCUAUUGACAGAGUUGUGGAAUGGCUUCUGUUCAAAGGCGACCUUCCAUUCCCAACAGAAAAGUGGUCAAAGCCCCAGUCAGAGAUUAAAACAUGGGACGACUGGCUUGCCAUGCAAGGAGAUCUCACUCCCCGUCUAGAGCCCUUUAUCAGUGGAGCAAACAUGAAGGAUUUAUGGACCAUCGCCGGCAGGCCUCGGCCCAGUGAUGAUGAUCUGAGGCAGUCUCUUUGGAGGGUCUGCAGCGAGUUCUUCUCCAGGCCUCUCACAAUAGCCUGGGGGAUGAGGCUGUUUGGUCUAAACCCCUGCUCCAAACCUCUCACCAUCCACCUAGUGGGUGCAGGGCAAAAUGAGACACUGGCAGCCAGGCUGACAGACUACGAUGAGUUAAAUAACAUGUUCCCUGGACACCAGGGCAUCGAGAUAGUCAUGGUAGGGCCAGAAUUGGUUGACGGCCCCAUCAUGAGGCCUCCUCUCAGAGCCUUUGGUCCCAAGCAGAGGGUCUACAUCAGCAGCUACAAAGGCCUCUACCAUGAAUUCUGGGAGGAGCUGGUGGAAAAAGAGGAGGCAGCCAAACCGGACCUGGUUGUUGGAUUUAAUCCAGGUUUCGAUGCGAGUCAAGGCCUUGACCAGGGUUGGCUUCCAACACUUCUGCUCCUCAGAGAUUAUGACAUUCCCUCGAUGUUCACAACUCUAAAUGAGACAGAGAUGACAUACUCUCUGCAAAUCCUGUUAGAGCUGGAGAUGGACAUGAAAGGAAGUGGAGCCAACCCGUUUUCCUCUUUGAAGCCAGAAGUAGUGGGUUCAACUCCCAAUAAGCCUCCUAUCUACUGCAACUCACACUAUUUCAGCUUUCAGGGUUUGCUAGAGACUGCAGACUUUGAGGAGCCAGAGUAGACCUCAAGGAGGCCUUCCUGAGUAACAUUGGUCAUUUUUCAAAUGGAUUUCCUAUUAGUUUUCUAUAACUAAAACACUUUUAUGUCGUUUGUUUUUGGAGAGUUUAUACCUGUUUAAACCUGUAGUUCCUGGAGUAAAGCGAAAGAAAUUUGCAUUUAUAAUCUCCUUUAUAUCAUGUAAGAGAGGCUUUGUCAAAUUU